CCACACCAUAACCGUCCUCCGCCUUCUGCUUCCGUGUUCCCACUCUUAGGCCAUUGCUGCUUUUACUUGUACUGUACGUCAUUGCCCGACUUACGCCACGACCUACGCUAACGUCCAGUGACUUGGGACGGGUUGCUUGUACAACGACCAAACUUCAACCGUUCUUCUAUCUGCUCCACUAUCCCAGCGCCUCGCCCCUUUGGACCCGGGAUCGGAGCAGUAUGAGUGGCGACGCUCCGGUCAACAUGCCUGUAUCUGUCAUGGGCUUCCAGCCCGCCCCUGCAAAGAUGUUCCACAAGAAGUCGAGGACGGGCUGUCAGUUGUGCAGAGCGCGCAGAGUGAAGUGCAAUGAAGCCAAACCCAGCUGUAGCCACUGUGCGCGGCAUCGAAUGCCGUGCCUGUAUGACCGCAAUCAGGAGACAUUCGAAUCAAGCAGACGUUCUACUGAUGGACCACUCUGGACAUCGCCGGCUAUAUCUACCAAAGUGGCCGAGGUCAACCCCCGAAGCAAUGGCUCGGAUGGUCCCCCAGAAUCCAAGGCUCGGCGUACAUUAGAGCUCAGACUGCUCCAUCAGUAUAUGUCCAAAACUGGGCCCGCAAUUGCCAUCGACGACCACUCCAGAAGUGCCUGGUGUGAACUCAUUCCACUUUGGUCGUUCCGGUCCGAGGCCCUGCAGUAUGCGAUGUACUCUGUAGCAGCCCUGCAUAUAGCCAAAACCGAUGCUUUCAAAGAUCCAAUAGUGAUUGAUGCUCACCAGACCUACUUGGAAAUGGCUCUGCACGAGCACAGUGUGGAAGUAUCCAAGCUCAGCAGAGCUAACGUGGACAUUACAUGCCUGACCUCGAGCAUUUUCCGUAUUUGUUCGUUUGUUAUGCUGCAACACCGUUCGCUUUGCCCUUACAGCCCACCGAUGGAGUGGCUGCGGAUGACAAACAGCGCAGCCACGAUAUUCAAAGAGGCGUGGAGGCUUGCUAGCGAUGAUGAAGAGUCUAUUGCAGCACAGUUGAUACGUAGACUGCCAAUCGCGCUGGACACAGAUGCGAGACUGGGAGUGGACAAUCGCCGGGAUUUCUUGCAUUUACUGCACCGAAAGCCGAGUGAUGAGCUCACCGAGCCUUGGGACAAGGGGAUUCAAGAAGCGUAUGAGGAUACGCUGAGCUACAUAGGUGGGAUCUGGAUAGCCGUGAACAAUCACGAGGCUACUGGGGAUAUCUGCAGAAGACUAGUGGUGUUUCCAAUGUUGGCGCCUCCACGAUUCUUGGACUUGGUCGAGGAGCUGCGACCAAGAGCACUGGUGAUUCUAAUGCAUUACUUUGCGCUUCUGUCCUUGUUGCGUGAGUUUUGGUACAUUGGCGAUGGGGGGGAGAGGGAGGUUUACGCUAUUAAGGCAAUUCUAGUGGAUGAAUGGCGGGAUUUUGUGAGCUGGCCCUUGGAUAUUAUGAAGACAAAGAUUGUCAUCACCUUAUAGGUGAAAUCCAGUCAACAAAAAGACAAAUUUGACGGUAGUUUUGUGUAGCAUCAAGUAGUUUAUCUUAAUUGCGUCU